GUCUCACGACUGUUGGUUCAUCAUCGACUGUGGAAUGUUGAAGACAAUGCUGUGUACAGUCUUCAUCUUCUCCCUCUGCUUCUUCUCCACCAUCACCUCUGCCCAUAUUCUCAAGGAUGGUGUGAAGCCGGAACCUCUCUCAGAUGAAAUGAUUUCCUACAUCAAUCAACAUGUAAGUCAAUAACCAAACUGUUUGUCAUGCCAUUCUUUUGCUGCAUGUCUACCUGACACACAAAGCAAAUCAGUCAUCUCAGGUUUACGUGUACGAAUGAGUUAUUUCGAGUAUGUUAGACUAGUGUAACGGUAUGCAUUCGAUGCGAUCAACGUCAGCUAGUAGACAAUCGUAGAAAUGAAGAUCAGCUGUAGGCGGUAUCUGGAAGGGUGAAAAUACCUGCCAUAGGCAGUCUUCCAAUUUCCCCUCAUGAUUUGUUUGAGAUAGUGCGUAAAACGAUUGUAUGGAGUUACUGAUAAAGUCGUUGGGUAGGUCUGAGAUUGGAAAAGUCGGGAGACAGUGGCUCAAAAACAGGUGAGAAAUAUCAGGUCUAGCCGACCAUGGUGACGAGUGGGCUGGAUGCAUUGUGAGAUUCUGCUUUCCCAUUUAAUUAUGAGUUAAGAUAUUUUACUCCCGUAAACACUCAUCGUUUUCUUUUCCUUACACAUCAGCCUAAUGCUGGAUGGAAAGCAGAGAGAAAUUAUCGUUUCAACUCGAUAGACGAUGCUCGUGUCCAACUUGGUGCCAAAAAGGAGGAUCCUGAGAUGAGGCGCAAAAGACGUCCGACAGUGGAUCACAAAAAUGUCAACGUGGAAAUCCCAUCUAGUUUCGACUCACGAAAGAAAUGGCCUCAGUGCAAAUCGAUAUCCACUAUUCGUGACCAGUCACGGUGUGGAUCAUGUUGGGCGUUCGGUGCUGUCGAAGCAAUGAGUGAUCGCAUCUGCAUCCAGUCGAAGGGAAAGAUAUCUGUCGAACUGAGUGCUGUUGACCUGCUCAGUUGUUGUUCAGAAUGUGGCUUUGGCUGUCAAGGUGGAUUCCCCGGAACAGCAUGGGAUUACUGGGUGGAAGAGGGCAUUGUCAGUGGCAGCUCGAAAGAGAAUCACACAGGAUGUCAACCAUACCCAUUCCCCAAAUGUGAGCAUCACACGAAAGGGAAGUAUCCUCCGUGUGGCAAGAAGAUCUACAAGACGCCGAAAUGCCAACAAAAGUGUCAGAGCAGCUACAAAACAUCUUACGAGGGAGACAAACACUUCGGUGGAUCAUCCUACAACGUAAUCAACGAUGAAAAAGCCAUUCAAAAGGAAAUCAUGUUGAAUGGUCCAGUGGAAGCAGCUUUCACGGUUUAUUCGGAUUUUCUGAACUACAAAUCUGGAAUCUACAAACAUACAACUAUGGAUGUGUUGGGUGGACACGCUAUUCGCAUUCUCGGAUGGGGAGUAGAGAAAGGGACUCCUUAUUGGUUGAUUGCCAAUUCAUGGAAUGAAGAUUGGGGUGAGAAGGGAUACUUCAGAAUACUACGAGGGGAAGAUGAAUGUGGAAUUGAGUCUGAGGUGACAGGCGGAAUGGCGCAUAUCUAACUCAUAUUCAACCAUGUUCAAUAACACAGAUAUAAUAUGUAUAUUGGAAAGUAUUCAAAGUGAAUGUUUUCUUUGUAUCAGGUAAUAGUUUUAGAGAGAAGAUCCUUAAUCUGUGGUUGUGAUAAAUAACGCAUAGAAAUAAAUUAUAAUCUACCGCCUGAGGUGU